UGACAUUCACUAAAUAAAAGGCUUAUUAUUAGCAUACCAAAUUUCUUGAAUGGCUUUCACUCCUCAAUACUAUGGCCACUUCUUUUCCAAUGAAUUCAACUCUUCUUUCCCUGCAGGCGAAGGCGUUAGCGCCUUACAAAUAUGCAAUACCCAAGUAACCCCCUCAUCAGUACUUUAUGAUAAUAAUAUUGAGGCGCAGUUACUCAAUAUUAAUUCACUGCCUGAUCAUUAUGUCCCUCCAUCAAUUUCAAAUUCAUUGAUGAUGCCAUGGUUCCCUGAACGACUUGGCGUAGUUUCAGACAUGACCGUGCCGGCUCUACUACCGGCGCCGGCCUCCUCUUCCGAUACGUUUUCCAGCGAGUAUUCUUUGAAUAAUACUACUCAUCACGUUUAUGUAGCCGACCAGCAUGAGGCUUGUGAAUCUUGCUGGGACGAAACUACUGGUUUGGAUCAUCACUCCAGCUUCUGGUCCCGUUGUCCUGUCGCUACCUCCAAUAAUUGGGGGCCUCAAAGGGAGACAAGCCCAAAAGCCAAAGAAACGCCAGCAAUGAAGAUCGGAAGGUAUUCAGAAGAGGAGAGGAAGGACAGAAUUCUUCGAUAUCUUAAGAAAAGAAAUCAAAGGAACUUCAACAAAACUAUUAAGUAUGCUUGUCGCAAAACCCUAGCCGAUAAACGUGUUCGAGUUCGUGGAAGAUUUGCUAAGAAUAAUGAAGUAUGCGAUGAUGAGAAAGGGAUUAAUGAUAAUUGCCCUGGAGCCAAGGAUAUACGCUAUGAUAAUCCGUUCCAGAUGAAACAUCCUGAUCAGUAUGAAGAGAAUUGGUUAGAAGAGGCUAUCACAAAUCUUAUGUAUAUACCUUAUAUAGGUAGCUCCUAUGAUCAUGGAGGAAUGUCAGUCGAACGUUUCAUGAGCUGAUGUUCAGCCAUUUGUUUAUUAAGUAACUAAAAUAGUUUAUGUAUUAUUAUUUACGAGAAGUAUCGUUUCCAUCUAGAUAGUUAAGGUCCACUUCUUUAUUAUAAGCAGUUCCUUCCCCUCAAAAAGAAUGAUGGCACAAAACAUACUACUAGUCUCUCUUUUUGACGUAGUGAAAAUACUGUACCAACUGGCUACACUUCUCACUUGGA